UUCUUUCCCACUCGACAACAACAAUCCAUUUCAGACACAACCGUUCCUCCGAUAUAGCUCCACAUCAGUACCCAUGGCUGUGGCACCUAGAGGGUCUUAAGGCCAUGGAUCUGGUCCUACUGGGGGGACUCUUUCUGGCCGCUGUGUGGAUGCAGCUUGGCUGUAUGGCUGAUGGACAUGGCAGGCGUGGAUCUACCACACACCUGCCCAUGAAAGAUGUUUUGCUGUUGAAGGAUGAGGCAGACCCCAAGUGUUUCAGCAGAACAGAAUACGAUCUCACCUGCUUCUUUGAAACUCCAGACAACAAGACCUAUGACUUCUUCUACAAGACUGAUGACGGGGAGAAGAGAUGUGAUCUGAGGCUGCAGCGGGCCGAAGACGGCUCCGUCCUCCACGUCUGUCUCUUCCCUCCUGACGAUACUUAUCUGUUCGUCCUCACACACCUCCGGGUGACGGAGGCCGGGACCAACCGCACCCUGUACACCCGCAGUGUCAGCGUGGAGGACCAGGUUCUCCUAGAUCCGCCUACAAAUAUGUCCCAUUGCCAUACUGGCUUGCCAGGCCAGCUGCAGCUAACAUGGCAAGUGGACAAAGCGUGGGAAAGCAAGGUGCAUUAUGGGAUACGGUAUUCAUCCAACAGGUUGGGAGAAAAAAACAAAGAGGGAGACAGGGACCAGCUCGAGACCCUGACGUCACUGGUGCCAGGGGAGGUGCUCCAGUUCCAGAUCAGAAUAAAUGUUAUUAAAUAUGGUCUGGACGAAACCAGAGGACACUGGAGCCACUGGUCCAAACCGGUGGCAGCGAUGGUACCCCAAAGCGCAGUUGACAUCUCACUUGAGUGCUACACAUCUGACCUGCACAACGUCACCUGCCAGUGGGACGAGAACAUCUACAAGGACGCCACCUACAAGCUGUUCUACAGACACAGUCCACGUAAGUCACUGGGUUGGACAGAGUGCCUGAAGAACCGGAGUGAUCAGUGCCGUUUCCAUGGAGACGAGACCCAGUUGUUCCGGGUCAAACUGGGAGCAAGUGGCAGGCCGGCUCCCCUGGGACGAACCUUCUACUCUGAUGCCUUCUACCUCAACGGCAGCAUCAAAACAGCCCCACCAGGGCAGCUGGAGGGGAGGAUGGAUGGCGGGACGCUGUGUCUGUCCUGGGCAGCUCCCCUCCCAGCUCUCUCUGCCCACCUGCUGUACCAGGUCCACUACCACACCAGGGAGGGCGGACCCUGGCUGACGGUGUCGUCGAAAGGUCCGGAGACAAGGACAUGUCUGGAGGGUUUGACAGGAAGUCAGUACAGUGUGCAGGUCAGAGCCAAGCCCAAUGGGACUUAUUUCUCCGGUCAAUGGAGCGACUGGUCGCUCAAACUCUCCGGAUCCACCCCCCCCGACAUGGGGGCUAUCCUCAUCUCUGGCAUCCCUCUCCUGAUGCUGGUGCUGGCCAUCGUCUUAAUUUCUCUGAUUUCUCGGUAUCUCAGUAAGUUUAAAAAACUACUGUGGCCACCGAUUCCAAACCUUGAUAAAGUGUUGCAAGGCUUCCUGGCAGAAAUCAACGGGCAGACAUGGGAUCCUCCAUUCGCAUCAAAGCAGUGCUUGGAGGAGAACCUUGCGUCCGUUGUGGAGAUCAUGUACCCGGAGGACGCGGCGGCGGGGUUAGAGAAGCCCCCCAACGAGAACGCCCCGCUAGUGAUCCCAGAGGGGUGGCUCUCCGUCGGCGAGCAGGGCGACCGGAGCUCCGACGGGACCCUGGAGGUCAGCCCGGACUAUGUGACACUGAGCACUAUGGAUGCGGCCCCCAGCCGUCAGCAAAGGAAUGAGUACAUUUACGAACACGUUGCUGAGUGCCGGGGACUUGCCCGCGGGCCGAGGGUGGGCUGCGUGCAGCCAGCUGCAUCGACCCCCGAACGCUCCUCCACCAGAGCUUCGUGCCCUAGCGGCAUGGACAUUCUGAACCGCUCCUACCUGCUCCCAGCAGAGGGCAGCAGAGGGCUGGAGCCGGGGCCCGCUGCUGCCCCUGGAGGCUCAGACAAGCGGUACACCAACAUGGACGCUCCAACAUAUCCCGACACCGUGGCGUGACAUCAGGGGGGCGGUUGUGUGUCAAUCAAAACACAGCACGGUCAUAUUUACCUUCUGAUAUAAUAAACGAAGAACAUCUGGCUGUGGAUAUACUGUAUAAAGCAGUGUUCUCUAUCUAUUUCGUAUUUGCUAGCCUCUGUUUACCAUCUUUUGCAGAAGAUACAUUAUUUGGCUUGCUAUUGGUCGAUAGAGAAGUUGAUGUUCUCAAAGUACAAUAGAGUGGCGAAGUCACGCC